CCCGCCCCUACUAGUUUCAUGUCAGGAAGCGAAGAGCUAACUCUCAGUUUAUGGCCAACAAUGCCUUUUAAAGCUCGGUUUAAAAAAAAAACAUCUCCCGACAUUUGACGUGAAAUCUAUGGAGUGAACAAAGCACCAAAACCAGCUGUGGUACUUUUGGUUUUUAGACCCAAAGCGAUGGACUGGCGAGUGACCAGCCGGGCCCUGCUGUGCUGCAUGUUGCUGUACUACGCCGCUCUUCCACAAAAGGGUUUUUGCGGAGCCAGCACAGUUUCCCUCCCGGAAACCCUGCUCUUUGUGUCCACCCUGGAUGGAAACCUGCACGCCGUGAGCAAGAAAUCUGGUUCAAUCAAAUGGACACUGAAAGAAGAUCCAGUUCUUCAGGUCCCCACGCAUGUUGCAGAGCCAGCUUUUCUACCUGACCCCAAUGAUGGCAGUCUGUAUUCCCUGGGUGGAAAGAACAACAAAGGCCUCACAAAAUUACCAUUCACUAUUCCCGAGUUGGUCCAAGCGUCUCCCUGCCGCAGCUCUGAUGGAAUCCUUUACAUGGGUAAAAAGCAGGAUCUCUGGCACGUGGUAGACCUGUUGACUGGCGAGAAGCAGCAGACGUUGACCUCGUCCUUCGCUGACAUGCUGUGUCCCUCUUCGUCUCUGCUAUAUCUGGGCCGCACAGAAUAUACCAUCACAAUGUACGACACCAAAAGCCGAGAGUUGCGCUGGAAUGCCACCUACUCCGACUACGCCGCCACGCUUCCCGAUGACGACACCAAAUACAAAGUGGCCCAUUUUGUGUCCAACGGCGACGGCCUAGUAGUGACGGUGGACAGCGAGUCUGGUGACGUCCAGUGGGUCCAGAAUUACAACUCGCCGGUGGUGGCCAUGUACAUCUGGCAGCGCGAAGGCCUCCGCAAGGUUCCCCACACUAACGUUGCCGUGGAAACCUUGCGCUACCUCACCUUCAUGUCUGGGGAGGUUGGCCGCAUCACCCAGUGGAAGUACCCCUUUCCAAAGGAGAAGAAGCCAGAGAACAAGUUAAUGGACACUCUGUAUGUGGGUAAAUACUCCACCAGUUUGUAUGCGUCUCCUUCCCUGGUGCACGAUGGAGUCACUGUAGUGCCUCGAGGCAGCUCCUUCCCCAUGCUGGAGGGUCCAGACAGCCAGGAGACGGACAAGAACAAAAAGUGUGUUAUCACCCCGAGUACCAGUGUCAACUUCGACGCUGCCCUUCGUGAGAAACACCGUAUCAAUUUCAUGCGCAACCACCUGCUGCUCAUAGGCCACCAUGAGACCCCUCCUGAAGCGCACAACAAGAUCCUGGAAACUUUCCCUGAUAACUUGCCUCGCAAUCAAGGCAACGUCAUUCCACCUACCACCAACAAGAAAGUAGAGGAGAAAGUGAACAAUGUUGUCAUAGAUGACACGCCACCUUCCCCUCCCAUGCCCGAAACAUCAAUUCAAGAGCCAGGGAUCAGUGGUCGCACUGUCCGUCCGGAGGCCUCUGUGGACUCCAUGUUGAAAGACAUGGCCACCAUCAUCUUUUCCACUUUCCUCCUGGCUGGCUGGGUGGCCUUUGUCAUCACCUACCCAAAAAGUGUCCACAAGCAGCAGCAGCUUCAGCACCAGGAGUUCCAGAAACAGCUGGAGGAGAGGUUGGAUAUGCUACAGAGACAGCAGCCUUUCCCCACCGCAGACAUUGGGCUUGCUUUGAACCCAGACGGCGACUACCUGGAAGUGGUUCAGCCUCGCUCUGAAUGCUCGGACCACAGCACUCCAAACAUCACCCCACGCGCCUCAAACCACUCCAAUCUUUCCAUUUCUGAGCUGGGCAGCUCAGCCAACGAACAUGAGGAUGGAGAGGAAGACUCCAACGUUGUCCGAGUGGGAAACAUAACAUUCCACCCCAAACAAGUGUUGGGACAUGGUGCCGAAGGUACCAUAGUGUACAAGGGUCAGUUUGACAACCGCCAGGUGGCAGUGAAGAGAAUUCUCCCCGAGUGUUUCAGCUUUGCAGACCGUGAAGUUCAGCUGCUGAGGGAAUCGGACGAACACCCAAAUGUCAUUCGAUACUUCUGCACUGAGAGGGACCGUCAGUUCCAGUACAUUGCCAUCGAGCUGUGCGCUGCUUCACUCCAGGAGUACGUGGAAUUGAAAGAUUUCGAUCGUCACGGACUCGAGCCUGUUAUGCUGCUACAGCAGACCAUGUCAGGACUGUCCCAUCUGCACUCACUCAAUAUAGUCCACAGAGACCUAAAACCCCACAACAUCCUGGUGUCCAUGCCAAACGCCCACGGUCGAGUACGGGCUAUGAUCUCUGACUUUGGCCUGUGUAAGAAGCUAGCAGUGGGCCGUCAUAGUUUCAGUAGACGGUCUGGAGUGCCGGGGACGGAGGGCUGGAUCGCUCCUGAGGUGCUCAGUGAAGACUGCAAAGACAACCCGACCUGUGCUGUAGACAUCUUUUCGGCCGGUUGCGUCUUCUACUACGUUGUUUCCCAAGGUAGCCACCCUUUUGGCAAAUCCCUGCAGAGACAAGCCAACAUCCUGCUGGGAACAUACAGUCUGGACCACCUGCAAACUGACAAACACACUGACUUCAUAGCCAGACAGUUGAUAGAGCAGAUGAUGAGCAUGGAGCCUCAUCGCAGGCCUUCAGCAGAGUGUGUUCUCAAACACCCUUUCUUCUGGAGCCUGGAGAAGGAACUGCAGUUCUUUCAGGAUGUGAGUGACAGAAUAGAGAAGGAGCCGCUGGACGGACCAAUCGUGAGACAGCUGGAGCGAGGAGGGCGGGCUGUAGUCAAGAGUGACUGGAGGGAGCAUAUCACAGUGCCACUGCAGACGGAUCUGAGAAAGUUUCGUUCCUACAAAGGUGGCUCGGUCAGAGACCUCCUCCGUGCAAUGAGAAACAAGAAACAUCAUUACCGGGAGUUGCCUCUCGACGUCCAGGAGACCCUCGGCUCCAUCCCGGACGACUUUGUCUCCUACUUCACGUCCCGUUUCCCGCACCUGCUCAUGCACACGUACUUGGCCAUGCGGACCUGCGCUACGGAGAGGCCUUUCUUGCCUUACUAUUCCAAAAUGGCACGAGUGGAGGCGCCACUAACGCGAAAUGAACGUCAAACGAACACAACACCGAACCAAGAGUGCACACAGACGUCACAGGAAGGUGAAAGCCCAUCUGAGUGUGAAGCCUCUUCUUCUUCAUCAUCAUCGCCGCCGCCGCCGCACGACCCGUCUUCUUGUGCAUCAGGUGAGACUCAGUCAGACUUGAACUGCCUCAGAACCCCAAACUCUUGAACUCCAUUCAGUCCGAGACUUUGAAAAGCGGAGCUGUGUGAUUUACUUGAAGACCUUUUACGGGACCAGUUGCUGUGUUUUGUGGUGUCGAGGACCAGGCCUGCAGUGCCUGGGGACGCGCUCGCCCGGACCAGCUGCUGCUGCGUCCUAAUUGAAGUGCCUUCCGGGUCAAAUGCAACUAGAACCGUCCGCAAGUCCGACAGCCACAACGAGUUGCCGGGUUUUGUUGUCGUAGCUAAACUGAGCAAGAAGGUUUUUUUUAAGAAGUCCAAAAAGAGUAUUUGUCCCAAAAAAAAACAAAAAAAACCUGGCCUUCUAUUGUGGGAAUUGUGGGUAAUUUUAUUGUGCAAUGUUGUAUUUUUCAGUGGGUUUGUUCACUGCACAGAUACUGUAUGAAUAUUUUUGACAGACCCGAUGCAAAAAUUUGCAUCGUCAAUGUGGCAACCGUGCCUUUUUUUUAAUAAACAAAUAACUCAUAAAUCUAAUUAUGCUAAAUCUGCUUGUUAAUGCUGCUAAGUGCUUCUUGUCAAUCAAGAUGUGUGCUGCAAGUGGAGGAUUUUUUUCAUGAUAUGAAUUCUGCAGGUAAUUUUACUAUGGUUAUAUUUUUUUUUUUUUGCUUUAAAUGACUUGAGAGGGCAAAUCUGCAGAGAGUACUCCUAUGUGUGAAAGUGAAGGUAAUGACA